AUGUCGAACAUCACCAACCUCAUUGACGAAGACGCUUCGCAGCGGACGCUGGCGCCCGCCGCUGUCGGCUCCCAGGUGCUGCUGAUGAGCGUCAUCUCAGUCGUGGCUAUCUUUCUCUUCAAUGUCUUGCGACCUAGAAACAAGGUAGUCUAUGAACCCAAAGUCAAAUACCACGUGGGGGACAAGAAACCUCCACGAAUAUCCGACUCUCUAUUAGGAUGGAUAUCUCCUUUGCUACAUACCAAAGAGCCCGAACUAAUCGACAAGAUUGGGCUUGACGCUGCUCUCUUUCUCCGCUUUCUCCGCAUGAUGCGCUGGAUAUUCACAUCCAUUGCUUUCCUAACCUGCACAGUGCUCAUCCCCGUUGACGUCGUCUACAAUCUCAAGAACGUCCCGAGCAAGUCACGCGACAUUCUAUCGAUGAUGACUAUCCGUGAUGUCAAGGGAACAUUACUAUUCGCACAUGUCGCGGUGACAUAUGUUAUCUCGUUCCUGGUGAUGGGCUUUGUGUGGUACAAUUGGCGCGCGGUGGUGCGCCUCCGCCGGGAGUGGUUCCGCUCGCCGGAAUAUAUCCAGUCCUUUUACGCGCGCACGCUCAUGGUCACCGACGUCUCCAAGAAGCUCAAGUCCGACGAAGGUCUUCGUGCCAUCUUCCAGUCCGUGCAGGUUCCGUACCCCACCACGUCCGUGCAUAUUGGCCGGAAAGUUGGCAAGUUACCGGAUCUCAUCGAGUAUCACAACGACACCGUCAAGGAACUCGAAGGUGUGCUAGUGCAAUAUCUGAAGGAUGGGAAGAUUGGGAAGCAGAGACCUACGAUCAGAGUAGGGGGGUUCUUGUGCUUUGGAGGGGAGAAGAAGGAUGCCAUAGACUACUACACCGAUAAGUUGCAGCGUUCGGAAACGGCGGUGGAGCAGUACCGCGCUCAAAUCGACCUCCGUCAGCCUGAGAACUACGGUUUCGCGUCGAUGGCUGCUGUUCCGUAUGCGCAUAUCGUAGCGAACAUGCUCAGGAGCAAGCACCCCAAAGGCAGUACUAUCACACUUGCACCUAACCCGAAGGACAUCGUCUGGUCAAACCUGAGUAAGAGCAAAGCAGAGAUUGCGCGAAACAAGACCAUAGGUUGGGCCUUCCUAGUUAUUGUCUGUUUCUUCAACACGCUCCCGCUGUUCGUCAUCUCUAUUCUUGCCAACUUGGCAUCGCUCACGACCUAUGUGCCUUUCCUUAACUCCUGGUCUGUCGCUUCGCCUGGCACGUUCACGUUCAUUUCCGGUGUCUUGCCCCCGGCAGUGUCAGCAAUCUUUAGUUAUGCUCUUCCGCUCAUCAUGCGGUGGCUCUCCAAGUAUCAAGGCGCGCCCACACACUCUCGGCUCGAUCGCGCGGUGUCCGCUCGUUACUUCGCGUUCUUGGUUAUCUCGCAGUUGAUCAUUUUCACGUUGAUCGGGGUCAUCUUCAACUCUGUGCGGGCGAUUGUGCAGCAGAUCGGCGAGCAUCAGAACAUCAAGGCUAUUAUCGAGAACCUACAUACCCUGCCUAGUCUCAUCAAUCAGACGUACAUCGAUCAGGCAUCGUAUUGGUUGACCUACUUCCCGCUUCGUGGUUUCCUUGUGCUCUUUGACCUGGCGCAGAUCAUCAACCUGGUGGUUGUCUCUGUCAAGACACAUCUGUUUGGGCGCACACCGCGUGACCAUCGCGAGUGGACCAAGCCACCAGAGUUCCAGUAUUACAUCUAUUACGCUAACCUGCUAUUCAUGGCCACUGUCGGGCUGUUCUUUGCGCCUCUCGCGCCUCUUGUAGCGGCGGCCGCUUUUGUGGUGUUUUGGACCAGUUCGUGGGUGUACAAAUAUCAAUUGAUGUUUGUCUUUGUCUCGAGAGUAGAGACAGGUGGGCGUAUGUGGAAUGUUGUCAUCAAUCGCCUGCUUGUUGGGGUCAUCCUAAUGCAAGUACUCAUGCUACUCACGAUCGGUCUGCAGUACGGGUUCAAGUCGUUCAUCUGGGUGUCCACCGUACCGCCCAUCCUGUUCGUCUUCAUCUUCAAGGUCUACCUGAACCGCGCGUUCCUGCCGGCGUUCCAGUACUACAUUCCGACCGACGAGGAGCUCACGCAGGCGCACGUGCACUCGAAGCGCGCGGACAACGUCGGGAACAAGCUUGAAAAACGGUUUGGCCACCCGGCACUACACGCGGAGCUAUUUACACCGAUGGUACAUGCGAACAUGACAAACUUGCUCAGCGAGGUGUAUACAGGCAAGAUCGGCAACGUGAAGACAAAGCUGGACGAGAUUGGCGGUACCCGCGUCGAGGCGAGCGUCGUGCAGGGCAUCAAGAUCGCUGGUAUCGACGAGCGCGAUUUGGAGUAUGAUCCUGCACUGUAUGGCCGCGACCGGGGAGAACUCGAUUGGGACGAGCGUUCGAUGUCGUCGACGACCCUCCUCAAUUCUGAUGUCGCCUCCUUGGAGCCGGCCAAGUCGCAAUUCUACGCGAACAGCGGGCGCGCGUCGCCGGCCCCUUCGAAGAUGGCGGGAUACGACCGCUAUCUUGCGCAGGUGCCCCAUCACGAGAUCGAGAUGACUCGGAUGGACGCUGACCAACAGCCUCUACUUACCGCUCCGCAGACUCUUGGAUACUAUGAGCCUGGCGCGAUGGCCAGCAGGAGCACGAUGAGUUUGACGCCAUCUCAGUAUGGUUCUCCACUAUCCGUUGGCGAUGGGCACGAGGUUCCGCCAAUGCCCAUGGCGCCGCCGUACUUCGAGAGCCAGGCGCACACGUAUGACGCGUACCGUCAAGGAUCACCGCAAGAAGCGUACCGUCAGUCACCACCGCAGGAAGGGUACCGCCAACCAUCAGGAGAUGUGUACCGUCAAGCGCUACCGCACGACGCGUACCGUCAAGCUUCGCUAGAUGCGUACCGCCAAGCACCACUGCAUAGACCGAGCCCGUCGCGACAGGAGACAUGGCGGUGA